AUGGAAGAUACGAAUAUAUCGCGAAACAAGAGAAGAAGAAUGCGAGAGAAGGAUCGCAUGAUUAUGCUGAACGAGGAGCUAGUUCAUUUGAGACAACAAAUGGCUGCAUUGAAAGAAGGAAGCAAUCGUUCGUCAACAGAGAUGGCAGAAUUGCGAUGCACAAACAAGCAACUUCUUGACAGUCUGCAUACCGAACGAGAAAGUUUUCAAGCACCAAGACAAGUAUCCGAGGAACUGAAUGAUCUCGAAGAAGCAGAUGCGUUAGUGUACCAGCCAACUACAACAGAGCAUCGCACACCAUUCAAAGACCAGGAAUCUCAAACAGAUGUCGAAUCUUAUCCUGAUUUUCUGAUUUUCAACUACCAUGCGAAUGAAAAAGAAGAUUUGAAGGAAGAAAAUAGCAGCCUCAAGGAAGAAAUCGAGAAGUUACAAAAGCAACUCGCUGACGAGAGAAAGAACAAUGAAGAUAACAAAGUCCAAAUCGAGUCUUUGAGAGUCAAAGCUAAAACAUUUGAAGACCAUUCUACCCUUUUGGCUUACGAGCUCCACGAAAUGACGGUGGAUAGAAACUCUUUGCUGAAUGCACUGGAAGGCAAGCACGAGAAGAUCAAGACCAUCGAAGCAAAGUGGAAGGCAAAAGUUAAAAAGAUGGCUGAUCAACAUGAAGUAAAGCUGUACGAUGAGCAGGUCAAGAGUUAUCGUCUGCGUGUGCAAAACAAGAAUCUUAAAGCUGAACUCGACCAAGUGAAGAACGAGAUGGAAGAUCAAAAGCUGCAACUGACAGUGACAAAUUUUCUAAAUGACAUUGUCAAUGACGUAGAAGGCCUCGUUAAACAGAGGGAAAUUGCGUCACUUAGAGAUCACAUUCAGCAGCUGCAGUUUGAACUUGCUCAGGCAGAAAACGUGAAGAGGCUUCAACAACACAAAGAGGAGCAGGGAGCAGAGGAAUAUAAGAAGCUUUUUGAUCAAUAUCAAAUUGUUGAACAGCAGAACCAACUGCUUGAAGAAGACAACACACUGCUUAAGAAGAGAGUACUUGUGAUGCGCCAGGAAAAUACUGAGGCCCACGAAAAGUUCUUGGAGGAACAAACUGACCGAAUCAAUGCGAAGAUGUCGUUCGUGGCACAAAUAAAGCAGCUUGAAGAGAACUGUACCAGUUUAAAAGAGGCGAAUGUAACCCUAUCUAAAGAUGGCCAACGUUUAAAAAGCGCCUUCGAGAGAAAGCAUCAAGACAACGAUGGACUGAUGGAAGUCAUCGAGGACCUUAUGCAAAGAGUUGCGGAGAAAGAAAACAUCAUUGAGGAACUUCAGGCAAAGAAGCGUAGAGGAUGUAUACGAAGAUUUGUUUGCUGGAAAUGAUCAGGAUGGGAAGAAAAACUCUUAUUUACAAAACUAUUUCUUCUUGUGUUGCAAGAUACAUUUUUAAAUACUGAGGAUUUCAAUCUGAUAUAUUUUGUUAAUACUUAUUUCCGUUUGAACGAUAGAGCUUAUAACAUAAAAAUCAGUUUCUUCAUUACAGUCUUCUCUAGAAUGUUUGAUUAUGGCACUCACAGUUCUAAUUUAAUUGGAGUGAGUUAUGUGUCUAGUAUCGGAAAUAUCAAGACGAUAUUCUUGCAAGACUGUAUCAAAGAAUAAGUUGCCAUUUUUAACCUUUAAAGGUCGUUUUUGGGUACACCAAAAUUGUUGUUGUUACUGACAGUUGUUGGUUGGUAGCGUUCUCAAGUCCAAAAAUAGCGCAAAGGGUAUUUCUCAGCUAACCGACUACUUAUAUAUUUUAAGCAAAACAUUUUUGUAAGUUUACCAAGUUUCAUGGCUGUUUAGGUAACAGGAAGAAAGUUACGAUAAGAUUAGGCCCACAUGCUCACAGAGACCCCUCAUGUCUGGCUUUACUAAUACACGCAAAGUGUUCAUGCAAUGAUAGA